AUGGAAGACUUAUUAGAAGAAGAGGAAAUGGAAGAAGAGAAACUCAACUCGGAUGAUGAUAAUGAAACCACAAAAGACAGUGAACCUAUGGAAGCCGAAGCAGCCCCUCCUUUCAGAAUUUCGGGUGGGAGAAUCACCUCCCGAUACGAAGACGGACAGAGCUUGGGAGUGCGUCCUCCGCCCGCAAGACAGGGCAUCGGCAAAGGGAAUCAAGGAAGGAGAGAACAACACAAAUCACGUAGCCUGGAGAGUAGGAAGACUGGAGAGCCAGCUGACCCAACAUCAGAAUACACUGACAGGAUGCGUGGGUUACUUAACACGGAGAUUCUUGCUAGGAUGCAACAGGAUACCCACAUGGUUGAGGCCGAUAUUCAAGCUCAAGCAACUCUUAUCAGGAUGGAAGUCAGUGAGGAAGAGAUAAUGGCCAUUAAUGGGAGGCUAGAUGCGAUCAGAGUGAACUUGGGAAAAUCACAAGGGCAUUGGGCACUUACUUGCAACGUGGAUGAUUACAAGGAGUCAGACAGUGGCGGGGGGGAUGAGAGCAGAUGCAGUUGUAGAAGAACAUAUAGGAUUAUAUAUUAA